GUCGCGCCCGGCGGCCGCGGCGGGUAGCGUGUGGCCUCGCUUAGGCGCGGAGCAGCCAUGGGCUCGGCGGCAGAGCUUCUACGACCGUCAUCAUCACCGCCACCGCCGCUCGGGGAAUGCCGAGCGCCCGACCAGCACCGCCGGCACCCGGAGGAGCAGGUCCAGCAAGAACAGAGGAACCACACUGCAGAACCUGUAAUAGACGACUACAAAAAGAUGGGGACUCUCUUUGGUGAACUAAACAAAAGCCUUCUCCGAAUAGGCUUCACAAGGAUGUACUUUGGAGAACGGAUAGUAGAACCUGUAAUAAUUAUAUUCUUCUGGGUUAUGCUCUGGUUUCUUGGCCUACAAGCUCUUGGACUGGUUGCUGUUUUGUGCCUUGUCAUUAUUUAUGUACAACAGUAAAAUUUUAAAGGCACUGUUCGGAUUAUGUAUUUUGACACUGUCAUCGUGCCAGUGUGAUUAUGGGUUUAAGCAAACGGGUGGUAUAUCAAAAGCUGCAAUGCUUCAAAUUGCAUUUCACUGAACUUCCAAUGUUUGGAUGAGCGAGACUAAAAUUAUGCAUUUUAAGCACUGCCCUACUGCAUCUUUGAAAGGUGACAAAGGAGAUAUUUGUAACUUAAUUGAGUCCAAUAACUGUUUUCUGCACUCUUGGGGCCUUAGUCCAGGGAUUGGCUUUUUGUUCUUCCUCCUCUCCCAAUGUUCUUGCUUUGUAUAGUGCAAAUUUCCUGAUUGUUUUUAAGAGGACACUUGAUGUGAGUGUCCUGUUUCACUGCGGGAGGGGGAGAUGCUGCUGUGCUGGUUGUUCCCUGAAUCUGCAUCAUUUGCUAGUUUUUGGUGAAAAGCUAAAUCUGCAGAAGGGAGGUUUGCUAAGAAACUUAACAAUGGCAAACGUUCAUAAGGUGAACACAACCGCCCAACACAAAAGUAUCAGCUUUACCCCAUGAAACAAGCUAUGUCAGCAAAAUGAUUUUGUACUAAUAUUGGCAGCUUCACACAAGGAAGGCUUCAGCUGUUGUUUCGGAGGAAUCACAGUCCUAUGUUGGCCAAAUAGCCUUAUGCAGCUCUACCUUGUGUUUGGAAAUGUACUCAGCUCCUGCUGCUAUUUUUCUUUCUCUUUUUUUUUUUUUUUAUUUUUAUACUUGCUCUUUCCCCUAGCCCUUCUGAAGAUAAAUAUUUGGAUAAUUCAUGGACUUUGUAGGUAAUUACAGCUGCAGAGUUGGAGAGCAGCGCUAGAAUGCUGCCUGCUUCCUCUGGGUAGCCAGAUAGAGAUCUUAGCAAAUGUCUUAACGCUUCCCUGACUUGCUGCUUCCCUGAUUUGCUGCAGCAUGGGCCCAACACCAGGGAGAAGCGUUGCAUACGUAACCAAAUCAGACAUAUUUCCUCAGGCAAGGCAAGAAUGUAGUUGAAAUCAGGUUGUCAUUCCACAUAGUAAUCUUAACUGAUUGAUUUCCACGCAGUGCAAUGAAAAUCUGUGGGUGUGUGUCAUGGGCGCAACACAAAUGGGAGAACAGGAUAUAUGCAUUCAAGAGUUGGUGCAAAAUUCCCUCUGGCCUCCCAGGAAUCACACCAGGGCUGUUUUUAAUAUUUUCAAGCUGAAUGUGCUUAUUGAAAGAAAAACUGUAAAAUGAGGCAGAAUCUCGACUAAAUAGGCUACCAAUUUGAUACUUGCUGUACAUUACUUUUAGUAAGAAACUUAAUAGCAAAAGUGACUUCAUCUAUUGUACCGUGAAAUUGUACAUUUAUUUAAAGAAAUGUAAUAGAAGAUGAGAAAUUUACAGAAAACUAUGUUCACUUUUGCAGUGACCUUUUUGCUAAACAUUUUUAUACUAGCAGAGAUCAAGAAUAGGUCAGUUGAAAAUGCUGUCGUAUCAGCGGCUUUCAAAGUUAAAGGGAGCUUCUCAGUGAUCCCAGUCUUGCAACUGAAUUCUCAAGGCUGAUUUUAUGCCUGCAUGGAUCAUGCUGGUUGCAGGACUCUAUCUCCAGGACCCUUAGCCACAGCCCUUAACAGACUUUACUGUCAGUGAAAUAACUAUUCAGGGCAGUAAACAAAGGCCCAGGUCCUCUGAAGUUUUUAUGUGCCUAAAUGCCAUCUGCAGGCUUGUCUCUCUUCUAAUGAAUCUUUUGAGGAGCCAGGACUUCUCUCAAGAUCUUCAGAUGACCUUGACUGUGAAUCCGAGAGGCUCUGCUGACCUGGCAGGACUGUAAGGGAGCAGGACUGAGGCUCAGCUGUAUGCUCAGAUGACAAUUAAAUAGUUAUGCUGGUAUGUUUGAUGACAGAAGGUGUUCCUGGACAGGGGAAUUCAUUACUUGCAGCUAGAAGUCCCAAAGCAAACAGCAAGUACAAGCACAGCUCAGACGCAGGAGCUCUGUACUUCCAAGUGCCUAGGGGUAAACUUUGGGUUUGUUUCAAGUCCCUUAGAAAGCAGAACAUCUGUUUACACCUUUGCAUCCUUGUAUAGAUAUAAUGGUGCGUUUAUGUAUACUCUUCUCCUGUACAAGGGUUGUACUACAAAAGGUGAUUGUAGCUGAAUGAAAAAAAAAAUCUCUCUCCUUUCUUCCCACAAUCCAAUUGCUUUCAUCCUGUAGGAAGAAGUGUCUCUGGUAUCCUUGUUGCGGUAGUCCUCUUGUGUAAAGACACCGUGCUGUGAGCUGGCACGUAGUAUUUCCUUAAAGUGAUGAUUUUGCUCUGUACAUGGGAGUGGGGAACAGUGAACCAAGGGUGUGACUGACAGUUUCAGUGAGGAUGUUGUUUAUGUGCAUGUACCCUUUUAGUGUGUGUUUAUUGAUGACUUUCACUCAUGAAAUCAUUUGAGUUGUUCUUUAGGUGAUUGUACACACAUACUCUAGGGAAAGGGAGCUUUUGGAUUAAGAUUGUUUAUGGUGACCGUUUGAUAUGGUUUUUUCUUAAGGGUAACUUACUAUGUCUUGUCCUUCAUAGAAGUGUUUUGUUUUUAAAAACCUGAAGAGAGCCCCCCCUAAUGGAGUUAAGUUGAGUGAUAAUAAAGAAAGAAAAAUAAUGUAUUUCAUGGAAAAUACCACUUGCUGGUUUGGUUUCAUACAUUCCAUUGUAUAUAACAAUUUGCACUGAAUCAGCUGUUCUGAUUUUGUGCUAUUGCUAUACCAUAUCCCUGUCACUUAAUAGGAAAGGAAAAGAAAGAGGAGUCAAGCAAAGAAAGGGGCUGAGAUAGAAUCAGACAUAAAGGGUGAAAAAUGGAAUGCAGUGAAAUUAUGAAUAUGUGUGUCCAAAGAAACCUCAUCGUAAACACGUGCCAAAAGUGCGGGAAGGGGUGGGUGAGCAGUCCUUGCACUGUGUUCUGCUUUCCAUCCAGAUGUAGUUCCAAGGAAGAGGAAGCACUAAGUGUUCAAAGGGUGUCUCUCACUAAAAAGCAGAAGAUUAAUUUAAUUUGGAAAAAAAAAAAACAAAACAAUUUCACUGUUGUCUGUGUAAUAAAAAUUGGUGGUGUUAUGUAUAUUGGUAGGUAUUAAUAUCAUUAUUAUUAUUAUUGAUAGAGCUGAAAGCACCUUUAUGCAUGUGUGUGUAGGACUGUAAGAAGGAAUCAUGUCCCUUAAAUCUGUGUUAAAUGACAAAUGAUGUAAUUUUUGUUGGUCAGCAUAAUAUACUGAGAGCUUUUUUUACAAAACCUGCGGGUUUUUUUAAAGAAUGGACUCUUCAGCCAAAAGCAUGAAUGUUUGAACUACAGUGUUCAUGGAAGGAACUCUACACGUAGGAGAAACUUGGAGAACGCUGUAUUGAAAAAGUCAUCACAUAGAAAUUGCCCAUAUGAAAGGGACGAAACAUCUUUCUUUAAAACUCUGUAUUAAAUGAAUCCUAUGGAAAGCACUUUGUUAUUCCAAUUAAAACUAAUGCCAUCAAUGAGAA